UUUCAAAACUAGGGCGAGGUGUGCUUCAACCAUGGCUGCGGAUCGUACGGACCAGUGCCGCCUUUCCUACAUUUAUGGAGUCCUCGCUGUCUGUUUCGCGGGAUUUUGUUGGUGCCAAGAAGUGAAGACCGUAUCCGUCUUCGAAAAUGCCGACGUCGGGACAGCAGUUGUCAACAUUCCUCUACUUUUCGGCAUUACAGCACACGUGCACACGGAAAAAGCGGAACUUCCGUGUUCUGUUUUAGACGGAGACCGGUAUGGCCGCUUCGCCGUGGACGAAAACUGUACCCUUGUUGUCGACAAUCCCUUGGAUUACUCGGUCCAGUCGGAAUAUGUUCUUAAAGUCCUUAUCUCAGGACGGGUCCACCGAGAGGUGAAGGUAAGGCUACAAGUCCAUGACGUCGUGGACUAUCCCCCGGUCUACAACAUCACCUGUGAGACACCUACAGUUAAACAGAAUGGGGAGAGAUCAACAUAUUUAUUUCAGGUGGAUGGGAAAGGAGAGGGUGUAACGAGCGACGGAGACGUUCUUUCAGCUAAAGUAAGAUAUCCUAAACCGAAUUGGGAUCUCUUGCCUUCAGAUCACCCACAGCUCAUGGUGAACACGGACAACGGGGACUGUAGGGUCGAUCUGUUUUGGGCUGUCUAUCAAGCAAUCGACGAAGCAAUUGUUGAUAAGCUCUGGUUGACAAAGGUACAUUCUACAACAUGUUUCAGUGGGCCUGCCUCCGAUCUUAAUAGCUCAGUCUUCAUGAUAAAUUUAAUCGAUAAGGAAGCAAACUAUGAUCCUCGGCUGAGUUACGUAAGAGAGAACGUCCCUGACAGCUGGAUGGAAAGUGAUUUUCAAAAGUAUAUUGUCUAUUUUUCUGUGACAACAAUGUCAGGAGACAAGCGACGUUUCGUGUGUCAGCUACCAGAAACAAUGCCCUCCAUCAAAAUUAGACCAGUAGAAGAGUCUUUAAUGACAGUUGACAUUGUUGCCUUCAACUACAUGUGGGCAGAGAUCAAACCAGUCGGCUGUCCGCCAGGAAGAUACGGCUGGGCAUGUCAGAACAUGUGUAUAUGCAGGAACGGGGCAUAUUGCCAUGCCUUCAAUGGAGCCUGCAAGUGUCAGCAGGGGUGGACAGGUGUGGCCUGUGAUAUUCCCAAAGAUACCGUCUCCAUUGUAGCGACACCUAGCGAUCCUCGCGAUUUGUACAUCUCCGGAAACGUGACACUGCGCUGUGAAGUGUACGAUGUCGACGUCGUGACAACGUCCUGGAUAUUUCCAGAUGGGUCUGCAAAAACAACGACAGGUGCCGACGGCACUGAAAUUACGAUCUCCGACAUAAAGACAACAGACAAUGGACCCUACACCUGCCAGGUUAACGACUCACGUGGGGACGUUUUCAAGACAGACGUUGUGCUGAACGUGGAUAGUUGCCCUCCUGACAGAACAGGCCAGCACUGCGAGGACGUCUGCGGCUGCCGACAGGGUGCCAGUUGUGACCGGUGGGCUGGCUGCGUGUGCCCCGCUGGAUGGACGGGACGCAGGUGUCAGACCGCGUGUCCGCAGGGCACGUACGGGUACGGCUGUAGGGAGACGUGCGAGUGUGAAAACGGCGCGUGUCUGCCUAGCGACGGCGUGUGUAACUGCACAGAGGGCUGGUUCGGACAGGACUGUAGCAAGCCCUGUUUACCUGGACGUUACGGGUGGAGCUGCCAUCAAAUCUGCACCUGCAAAAACAACGCCACGAGAAUGUCCGACUGA